AUGUAUCGCUCAUUGCUUAACAACACAACAACCAAGACACCUCAAUUGUUUACUCAAUUCAAAAGAACCAUGAUCACUGCUCAAGCUGUAUUAUACGAACAACAUGGUGAACCAAAAGACGUUUUAUUCACCCAUGAAUUUCAAAUUGAUGAUAACAAUUUAGCCAACAAUCAAGUCUUAGUCAAAACCUUAGCCUCUCCCGUCAAUCCUUCCGACAUCAACCAAAUCCAAGGUGUAUAUCCUUCCAAACCUGAGAAAUCCACAGUUUGGGGUACUGAACAUCCAGCUGCUCCAUGUGGUAAUGAAGGUUUAUUUGAAGUUAUCAAAGUUGGUAAUGAAGUUUCUGGACUUCAUGCUGGUGAUUGGGUUAUUCCUGCUCAUGUCAAUUUUGGGACUUGGAGAACUCAUGCAUUGGCAACUGAAGCUGAUUUUGUUAAGAUUCCUAAUCCGGUUCAAUCGGUUGAAAAUGGUAAGAAACAAGGAUUGAGUGUUAAUCAAGCAGCUACUAUUAGUGUUAAUCCAAUGACGGCAUAUCUUAUGUUAACUCAUUAUGUGAAAUUGAAUCCUGAACGUGAUUGGUUUAUUCAAAAUGGUGGGACUUCUGCUGUUGGACAAUAUGCGGUUCAAAUGGGAAAAUUAUUAGGAAUUAAUUCCCUUUCUGUUAUUAGAGAUAGACCAAAUCUUGAAGAAGUUGUUGCUAAUUUGAAGAAUUUAGGUGCAACUGAAGUUAUUACUGAAGAACAAAAUAAUUCUCGUGAAUUUGGUCCAACUAUUAAAGAAUGGGUUAAAAAUACUGGUGGUCAAAUUAAAUUAGCUUUGAAUUGUGUUGGUGGUAAGAGUUCAACUGGAAUUGCUAGAAAAUUAAAUAAUAAUGGUUUAAUGUUGACGUAUGGUGGUAUGUCAAUGCAACCAGUUAUGAUUCCAACUUCAUUACAUAUUUUUAAAAAUAUGACAAGUGCUGGAUUUUGGGUAACUGAAUUAUUAAAGAAUAAUGCUGAAUUGAAAGCAAAGACUUUGAAUCAAAUUGUUGAAUGGUAUGAAAACGGUGAUUUGGUUGAUGCUCCAUCUAUCAAAACUCAUUUUGAUGGAAGUAAAUCCUUACAUGAAUUAUAUCAAGAUGGUGUUGCCAAUUCUAAACAAGGUAAACAAUUAAUCGCUUAUGAAGAGCCAUAA